GUGCGUUUUUAUAUUGGAAUGUGGAUUAGCCCUCCGGCUUGGGCUGGUCGCCUGUAGGCGCAUGUCAAAGUAUAAAAAGUGUCGCGGGUCAGUAAAUGUCAUAGUCCACCACCGACAAUCACAUCAGCAACAAUGGCCGCUAAGUUCGUUGCUAUCCUCUCCCUGGCUGUGGCCGCCUCCGCCAUCCCGGUGGUGCCUCUCGCCAAGGUGGCCUACGAGGAGGCGCCCGCCCACUACGAGUUCCAGUACUCCGUGGCGGACCACCACACCGGCGACAUCAAGCAGCAACAGGAGGCGCGCUCCGGCGACGCCGUGCACGGCUCCUACUCGCUGCUGCAGCCCGACGGCGUGCAGCGCAUCGUGGAAUACACCGCCGACAAGGAGCACGGCUUUAACGCCAUCGUCCGCUACGAGGGACACCCCACCGAGGCGCCCCACAAGGUCGCCCUCGCCCCCGUCGCCAAGCUCUCCUACGCCGCUCCCGUAGCCAAGCUCGCCUACGCUGCCCCCGUAGCCAAGGUCGCCUACGCCGCCCCCGUCGCCAAGGUCGCCUACGCCGCCGCCCCCGCUCACGUCUCCUUCUCCUCCCCCGUCAUCUCCUACCACCACUAGACUGAUAUGUUUGAGGCUUGUUAUUAUGACUAGU